AUGCCUCCAUUUGAAUCCUACUCGAUCCAAUCAAUUGUAGAAUCCGACACCGAUCUUUCGGUUCCCUCGGAUCAAGAUAAAUCGGUUACCGCCAACACCAUCUUUACAAAAGGCGAUGUUCCCAAGAUUACUGAGAUUAAAAAAAAGAUUCCCGAGAAAUAUUUUGUUCCCUCAAUUUUCAAAUCUUCACUAUAUGUCAUCCGAGAUUUGUCUAUCAUUGCCCUUCUGUUCGCUGUUUACUUUGUCCUUGAUUCGGCCUCUUCGAUUCCAUACUCUUUGAAAGCUUUUCUUAUACUCCCCCUUUACGCAUUUGCUCAAGGUACAAUGUUUUGGGCUGUUUUUGUGCUGGGCCAUGAUUGCGGUCACGGCAGUUUCAGCAGGAGUGCUUUGAUAAAUGAUAGUUUUGGCACAUUUCUUCAUACACUGAUCCUCGUUCCUUAUACCGCUUGGAAAUUGAGUCAUAAUCAUCAUCACAAAAACACUGGUAACAUCGACAAAGAUGAAGUUUUCUUUCCAAUGAGAAAGUCCGACGCCUUAAUAAUGACCGAUGGUUCCGAGAAAACAAAACUUAUUCCUUAUUUUGGUUUUGGUCUUGGUUGGAUCAUAUAUCUACUGUCGGGUUAUGGGACGAGAGCCAGUGCUCUCGUCAAUCCCUUUGCCCCCAUCUUCUCAAAAAACCGUGUAGGCGCCAUUGUCUCAUUAACCUGCGUCCUCACAGCUUUAACCAUUCUUCUUUAUGUUGCUUCUAUUUACGGCAUUUGGCCUGUUGUAAGAUACUAUUUCCUCCCAUGGUUUGUGUUCGCUUCCUGGUUGGUGGUCACCACUUUUCUUCAUCAUCAUGGCGACGAGGAAGAUAUCAAAUUACCUUGGUUCUCUAAUGAUGAAUGGUCUUAUGUGGUUGGCAAUCUCUCUUCGGUGGACCGUGAUUACGGAAUCCUACACAAUGUCACUCAUAAUAUUGGCACACAUCAAAUUCAUCAUCUCUUCCCUAUCAUACCUCAUUAUCACCUUAAAGGUGCCACUGCCGCCUUCCAACAAAAUUACCCUCAUUUCAAGCGCGAAUCCAAAGAACCGAUCAUUAAAACUUUUAUUUCGACAUUCAACAUCUGGAAAUCUCAAUUCCUUAUCGAUAACGAUACCAAAAUUUUUGUAUAUAAUAAAGAAGGAAAAAAACACGUUUAA